CCUUCAGUCACAGUAGAGGAAGAUCUGCACUGGCAGUAUGGCGGCGUCCAGUAAGAGAUGACUCCAUGAUUUUAACAGAAGGAUCAAGCUUUCUGGGCUUCUAACAUCAGUUUAUGUUUGUACUUGUUGUGGAUCUGGUGUUAAAGCUGGUUUAAAAUGUGGACAUUACAGAUUUUCCUUGCCAACUUUCUAGAUCAUUUGCACCAGUUGAUGCUUCAAAAACCCACCUGAAAACAAUGUCAGUCGGUAAGGCAGCUGUGAAAGUGGUGCGUUUAGGGAGAAUAUCUUACCGCAGUGCCUUGGAGGUCCAGCAGCAGCACAUAAAGCAGCAUAUGGAUUCAUGCAGCACUAGCCCAAACACUUUAUUACUGUGUGAACACGAGCCUGUGUACACCAUCGGCAUCAGACAGGCUCCUUACCCUCCUGAGGAGGAGCAGAGGCUCAAAGCUCUGGGCGCAGACUUCUUCCGUACCAACCGAGGAGGUCUAAUAACGUUUCAUGGUCCUGGUCAGCUGGUGUGUUAUCCCAUCCUCAACCUGGCCUGCUUUAAGAAGAGUGUGAGAUGGUAUGUGUGUGAACUGGAAAGGACGGUGAUCAAGAUGUGCAGUACAUUUGGGAUCGAAGCCUCCACGUCUCCAGAUACAGGUGUCUGGGUGGGCAACCACAAAAUCUGUGCAAUUGGUAUCCAUUGUGGAAGAUACAUCACCUCCCAUGGACUGGCUCUUAACUGCAACACAGACAUGAGUUGGUUUGACAACAUUGUGCCAUGUGGGAUUGUGGGUAAAGGUGUGACGUCACUGAGCCGAGAGCUGGGGCGGGACGUCCCACCUGAGGAAGCCAUACCAAAACUGCUGGAAGCCUUUACUGAACAAUUCAACUGCACUUUAACAUAUAAUUAAUAAAUGUAUGAAUGCUUUUAAGUGUUUGAAUA